UUUUCCUCAAUCUUGGACAAUUUUUGGGGUGCUGGGAGAUUUUGGGAUUUUUUUCUAAGAGGGGGGUGCCUGGGCAUCUCCCCCCCCGCGCCCGCUGCCUUGGUCCACUGCCCUUGCGCCUUUUUUUUUCCUUUCCCCCUGUCUCUCCACCAAACCCGGGCUGAUGUGCUGUGCGAGAGGCUGGAAAUGGAAGUGUUGAUGCUCUGGCUUUUCCCCUGGAUAUUUCAGUGCGUUUCGGUGCGGGCGGACUCCAUCAUCCACAUUGGUGCCAUUUUCGAAGGCAAUGCUGCCAAGGACGAUGAAGUGUUCAAGCAGGCGGUGUCGGAUCUGAACCUCAACGACGACAUCCUCCAGAGCGAGAAAAUCACUUACUCCAUCAAGCUCAUAGAGGCCAACAACCCCUUCCAUGCGGUGCAGGAAGCCUGCGACCUGAUGACCCUGGGCAUCUUGGCGCUGGUGACGUCGACGGGCUGCGCGUCGGCCAACGCGCUGCAGUCGCUGACGGACGCCAUGCACAUCCCGCACCUGUUUGUGCAGCGCAGCACGGGCGGCUCCCCGCGCACGGCCUGCCAGCUCAACCCCAGCCUGGAGGACGAGGAGUACACGCUGGCCGCGCGCCCGCCCGUGCGCCUCAACGACGUCAUGCUCAAGCUGGUCACCGAGCUGCGCUGGCAGAAGUUCAUCGUCUUCUACGACAGCGACUACGAUAUACGUGGACUGCAGGGAUUUCUGGACCAGGCCUCCAGGCUGGGACUUGAUGUAUCAUUACAAAAAGUGGACAGGAACAUCAGCAGAGUGUUUUCCAACCUUUUCACCACCAUGAAAACGGAGGAGCUGAACCGCUACCGGGACACCUUGCGCAGGGCCAUCCUCCUCCUGAGCCCACGGGGAGCCCAGACUUUCAUUAAUGAGGCUGUGGAAACCAACCUUGCAUCAAAGGAUAGUCACUGGGUCUAUGUAAAUGAGGAAAUCACUGAUAAUGAAAUAUUAGAGUUGGUGCAUAGUGCUCUGGGGAGGAUGACAGUGAUCCGGCAGAUUUUCCCUCUGGCAAGGGACAACAACCAGAGGUGCAUGAGGAACAACCACCGAAUAUCCUCGCUGCUGUGUGAUCCACAGGAAGGCUACCUUCAGAUGCUGCAGGUUUCCAACCUGUACCUGUAUGACAGUGUGCUCAUGCUGGCCAAUGCUUUCCACAGAAAACUGGAGGACAGGAAAUGGCACAGCAUGGCAAGUCUGAACUGCAUGAGGAAAUCCACCAAACCUUGGAAUGGAGGAAGAUCCAUGCUAGAGACUAUUAAGAAGGGCCAUAUAACUGGGCUGACUGGUGUUAUGGAGUUCAGAGAAGAUGGAGCCAACCCCUAUGUCCAAUUUGAAAUACUGGGCACCAGCUACAGCGAAACAUUCGGCAAAGACGUGCGAAGGCUGGCGACGUGGGACUCUGAGAAGGGCCUGAACGGCAGCCUCCAAGAGCGGCGGCUGGGCAACGACCUGCAGGGAGUGACACUCAAAGUGGUGACUGUCUUGGAAGAGCCUUUUGUGAUGGUGGCAGAGAACAUCCUUGGGCAGCCAAAACGAUAUAAAGGAUUUUCCAUCGAUGUCCUGGAUGCACUGGCCAAGAAUCUGGGAUUCAAGUAUGAGAUAUAUCAAGCUCCUGAUGGAAAGUAUGGACACCAGCUCCAAAACAGCUCCUGGAAUGGCAUGAUUGGAGAACUCAUUAACAAGAGAGCAGACCUGGCCAUCUCAGCCAUCACCAUAACGCCCGAGCGGGAGAGCGUGGUGGACUUCAGCAAGCGCUACAUGGACUAUUCCGUGGGCAUCUUAAUCAAGAAGCCCGAGGAGAAGAUCAACAUCUUCUCCCUCUUCGCUCCUUUCGACUUCGCGGUGUGGGCCUGCAUUGCAGCGGCCAUCCCCAUCGUGGGUGUGCUGAUCUUCGUGCUGAACCGCAUCCAGGCAGUGCGGGCGCAGGGCGCGGCGCAGCCCAGCCCCUCCGUGUCCUCCACCCUGCACAGCGCCAUCUGGGUCGUGUACGGAGCCUUCGUGCAGCAAGGGGGCGAGUCCACUGUCAAUUCUGUGGCGAUGCGCAUUGUCAUGGGAAGCUGGUGGCUCUUCACCCUUAUUGUGUGCUCUUCCUACACAGCGAAUUUAGCAGCAUUUCUCACAGUAUCAAGGAUGGAUAAUCCCAUAAGAACAUUUCAGGAUCUGUCCAAACAAAUGGAUAUAUCUUAUGGCACAGUCAGGGACUCAGCAGUGUAUGAAUACUUUAAAGCAAAAGGGACCAACCCUUUGGAGCAGGAUAACACAUUUGCUGAACUGUGGAGGACUAUCAGUAAGAAUAAUGGGGCAGAUAAUUGUGUAUCAAACCCUUCUGAAGGCAUCAGGAAGGCAAAAAAGGGAAAUUAUGCUUUCCUGUGGGAUGUGACAGUGGUGGAAUAUGCUGCACUGACAGAUGAUGAGUGCUCUGUGACAGUCAUUGGAAACAGCAUCAGCAGCAAAGGAUAUGGGAUAGCACUCCAGCAUGGAAGUCCAUACAGAGAUCUUUUCUCCCAGAGGAUCCUAGAGUUGCAAGAAAGUGGAGAUUUGGAUGUUCUUAAGCAGAAGUGGUGGCCACGGAUGGGACGCUGUGACCUGAACAGCCAUACCAAUGCACAGACAGAUGGGAAGGCACUCAAGCUGCACAGUUUUGCAGGAGUUUUCUGCAUUUUAGCAAUAGGCCUUCUUCUUGCUUGCUUGGUGGCAGCAUUGGAGUUGUGGUGGAACAGCAACCGUUGUCAUCAAGAAACACCGAAAGAGGACAAAGAAGUGAACCUGGAGCAGGUGCACAGACGCAUGAACAGUUUAAUUGAUGAAGACAUAGCCCACAAGCAGAUCUCCCCAGCGUCCAUCGAGAUCUCGGCGCUGGAGAUCGGGGGCAUGCAGCCAGCCCAGACCCUGGAGCCGGUGCGCGAGUACCAGAACACGCAACUUUCUGUCAGCACCUUUUUACCAGAACAGACAACUCAUGGUGCCAGCAGGACACUGACAGCUGCCUCGGGCAGCAACCUGCCGCUGCCCCUGAGCAGCUCAGCCACCAUGCCCUCCAUACAGUGCAAACACAGGUCACCCAACGGAGGACUAUUCCGGCAGAGCCCCGUGAAAACCCCGAUCCCAAUGUCAUUCCAGUCUGUGCCGGGGGGAGUCAUCCCAGAAGCGAUGGAGCCCUCGCACGGAACAUCCAUAUGAUGAAAACAAACAGUACAAACAACCAGCAGAGAUUUUUAAUACAAAAUUUAAAAGAAACAAAAAAAAAAAAAAAGAAAAAGAAAAUGAACUCUUACGUUUUUCUUGUAUAUACUUGUAAAUAAUGAAAGAAUGAAGUGGGGUAAAAGUGUAUUUUGAAUAUUCCCAAUUUUCGAAGUAAGUAAAAAAACAAAACAAAAAACAAACAAAAAUGUAUGAAUGACUUUGUAAAUUUUGUUCUAUAUGAAUAAAAAGGCAAACUACUUGUGGUCGUUCUCAAGUGCCAAAGAAGACCUGUUACUGGGACUGAGGGCCAUACUUUUCUUUUUUUCCCAUGGAUUUCAACACUUAUUCCCUUACAGGUAUGGUUUUUUUUAAGAGCAAAAAAAUUAUCUCUUUCUUGCUAGAAAAAUUCACCAUGCUCAGAUUUCUCCUUUCCCCAGAACCCUGUUUUAUAGCCAAGAUGACAAUUCACUCAGAGAACUUAGCAGCUGGUAUUAGCAUAGCAGUAAAAAAUGCUUUAAAGGUGAAUUAUAACUCAAAUCCAGCAAACAAUAAACAGAGAGUAUUUUCCUUCUAACAAGGAUUUAAACUUCCACACAGUUUCUAAAUUUAAGCACAGGAUUAUUGGAUUGUGGUUUUACUGUCUGCUGUCCUGUGUGGUUCUUUUUAUUUAACUUUCUGUGUUUUGUUAUACAUAUAUAUAUAAUAUAUAUUAUAUAUAUUAUGACAUAUAUAUUAUAUAUAUAAAUGCUUUGAUGAACAACAAGUUUUAGGUUAAGGGGAAAGCUUUUAAGAAAAACUGCUCAGCUCUUUUGUUUCUUGUGUACAUGACUGAAAAUGGGGAGGAACCAAUGGAGU